UCAAAAUUCAAAAACAUAUUUUCUGUAAAAGAAAAAGAGAAAUCCGACGUCAAAUUCAUUAUACAAGUCUCUCCGGUCUCUCCCAGUCCUUACUAAAGCUCAGUAGCUCAUAGAUUACUCAAAAAAUGGAGAACCAAGGUAAAGCUAUGGAGGUCAGAGGAGUUCCCACUCAUGGAGGAACUUAUGUACUCUACAACAUUCUCGGAAACCUUUUCGAGGUUUCUUCUAAGUAUUCUCCGCCUAUUCAACCUGUCGGUCGUGGCGCUUAUGGAAUUGUUUGUUGUGCUCGUAAUUCAGAGACAAAUGAAGAGGUUGCUAUCAAAAAGAUUGCAGAUGCUUUCAACAAUAGAAUUGAUGCCAAAAGGACGUUGCGUGAAAUCAAACUGCUGUGCCAUAUGGACCAUGACAAUGUUAUCAAGAUAAGGGACAUCAUACGGCCACCGGAGAGAGAGAAAUUUAAUGAUGUCUACAUUGUUUAUGAAUUAAUGGAUACUGAUCUUCAUCAAAUCAUCCGGUCUAACCAAGAACUCACAGAUGAUCAUUGCCAGUACUUCUUGUAUCAAAUCUUACGCGGGUUGAAAUAUGUACAUUCGGCAAAUGUUCUGCACCGGGAUCUGAAACCAAGCAACUUGCUUUUAAAUGCUAAUUGCGACCUAAAGAUAUGUGAUUUUGGGCUUGCAAGGACAACCGCAGAGACAGAUUUUAUGACGGAAUAUGUUGUGACUAGAUGGUAUCGAGCUCCUGAGCUGCUUCUUAAUUGUUCAGAAUAUACUGCUGCAAUUGACAUGUGGUCAGUUGGUUGCAUCAUGUUGGAGAUCAUUAAGAGGGAACCUCUCUUUCCUGGCAAGGAUUACUUACAGCAGUUACAGCUCAUAAACGAGCUUCUAGGCUCACCUGAAGAUUCCGACCUUGGAUUUUUAAGGAGUGAUAGUGCAAAAAAGUAUGUAAAACAGUUACCACAUGUCCCAAAACGGCCAUUUUCUGACAAAUUUCCAAAUGUGUCUCCUUUGGUGCUUGAUCUCGCUGAAAAGAUGCUUGUAUUUGAUCCCAACAAGCGAAUAACAGUUGAUGAGGCAUUGAAUCAUCCAUAUUUAGCGAGCCUUCAUGAGAUCAAUGAGGAGCCUACCUGCUCAAAACCUUUUCAGUUUGAUUUCGAGCAAUCGUCCUUGGAUGAAGAGGAUAUAAAGGAUCUCAUAUGGCGCGAGGCCUUAAAGUUCAAUCCUGAUAAGAUGAUUGAGUAAGACACCCGAUUUUGAUACUUGUCUGCAAACAAAAUUCAAUCAUCUAACUCGGAUGACUGGUGGUAACUGCUUUGUUGCUUCAGCUGUGUCGUAAUAUAUGUAUUACAUUGAAUCUAGGUUAGGAGAUGCUUUGCGGAAAUGAGUUUGCAUUAUCUUUUUCAUUUUUUUUCUCGGUUGCGUGAAUGUGUGCAUAUGACUCUGGAGGGUCAUCGGAAUAGAUCAAAGUUAAUCUUGGAAUGGUAAUAAAUUUGAUGGUUUAUCGUACUUGAAGGAUUUCAACGGGAAGGAACUAGAGUGAUACUAAUUCCUUCAAGGUUUUGGUAAAACCGAAACCUAGAUAAGUUUGCUGUAAUGACUAAUGAGCUAUAAUACGGUAUUAUAGAAGUGAUUAGCUCUUUGUCCUGAGUGUUUAAAUCCGUGUAGUUAUAUUAUAUGGUGUUUUAAGUUUGUAUUGGUUAUAAUACUUAUAAUAUUAGCUUUGAGUAUAUACAUUUGAGCAUUCGUUAUUUCUAUAGAAUUUAUUUUAUUUUGAUCUU